AGAGACACUGAGAAGAUGUAUGCCAUGAAGUACAUGAACAAACAGCAGUGCAUCGAAAGAGAUGAGGUUCGCAACGUGUUCAGAGAGCUGGAGAUCCUGCAGGAGAUCGAGCACGUGUUCCUGGUGAAUCUCUGGUACUCCUUCCAGGACGAGGAAGACAUGUUCAUGGUGGUGGACUUGCUUCUCGGCGGCGACCUGCGCUAUCAUCUGCAGCAAAACGUUCAGUUUACGGAAGAAACGGUCAAACUCUACAUCUGUGAGAUGGCGCUGGCUCUCGACUACCUGCGGAGUCAGCAUAUUAUCCACAGAGAUGUAAAACCAGACAACAUCCUCCUCGAUGAGCAAGGUCAUGCACAUUUAACAGAUUUUAAUAUUGCAACAAUAAUUAGGGACGGUGAAAGAGCAACUGCACUAGCUGGAACAAAGCCAUACAUGGCCCCGGAGAUUUUCCAUUCCUUCCUGAACGGCGGGACGGGCUACUCCUUUGAGGUUGAUUGGUGGUCGCUGGGAAUCAUGGCUUACGAACUGCUGCGGGGCUGGAGACCCUAUGACAUCCACUCCAACAACCCUGUGGAGUCUUUAAUUCAGCUCUUCAGUACUGUCAGCGUUCAGUACUCAUCUGCGUGGUCAAAAGAAAUGGUUGCUCUAUUAAGAAAGCUGCUGACGGUGAACCCUGAGCAUCGCUUUUCCUGCCUGGCUGAUGUUCAGGCCUCGGCGUACUUGUCUGGCGUGGUCUGGAGCGAUGUCUGCGAGAAGCACGUGGAGCCGGGCUUCGUCCCCAAUAAGGGCCGCCUGCACUGCGACCCCACCUUCGAGCUGGAGGAGAUGAUUCUGGAGUCGAGGCCCUUGCACAAGAAGAAGAAGAGGCUUGCAAAGAACAAGUCGAGAGAUAACAGCAAAGACAGCUCACAGUCCGAAAAUGACUAUCUCCAAGAAUGCCUUGAAGCUAUCCAGCAAGACUUUGUCAUCUUUAACAGAGAGAAGCUAAAGAAGAGCCAAGAGCAGACGAGCGAGUCCGUGUGUGUUCCCGAGACCACUGACGAAGCCGAGACGGAGGCCGAGUCUGAGACCUCCAACUUGAACAUGUGCAGCUCCGUCUGCUCCUCCGCAGGCAGCAGCUAG